UAUGCUUCAGCACUUGGUUAACGUCCUUUGAGGUGGCGAAAAUCCGCCGGGUUAGGUGUUAGGUCCUUAUGCAUGACGCGGUAACCAUAUAGCUAUAGUCGCUGCGGACCCAGUAGCCUGUAUACUUGUUAGUAUGACCACUGACGAUGGAAAUGCUCAUAAAGCCCCGUCAGCGCUCCUCCAAGGGGUCUUGACACCUGGCGUACAGGCAGACACCGCUGGCCAACGCCUUGCUGAAGACGAAGAUGCUGCCAAGGCUGUUCGUGAUGCCCUUGCUGCUGCAAUUGAUGGCGCGUCGCCUCAAGUCCGUCAUUUUCAGGCGGAGCUGUGCAAUGGUGGCGCCCUGCGGCAGCUGUACGACCUGGCAGUGGCUCGCCGCCCCAUAGCCUUCGAGGCGCUGCGGCUGCUGUCGUACCGCAACCGCAUUGUCGUACAGCAGCUUGCCAACAUGGGCGCAGUGGAGCUGCUGGAGCAGAUCCUGGUCCGCGAGGCCCACAGCGGCUCCUCUGGCGGCCCGCUGCAGUCCGCGGCGCUGCAGCUGCUGACCAGCCUGCUGGCGUUCAACCUGGAGGUGCACUCGCAGGUGAUGCGCACGCGGCUGGUGAAGCGGCUGGUGCAGCUGUGCAGAUCGGAUACCCACGAGGCAGGCCAGCAGCAGCGGCAGCAGAAGGGCAGCGGCAGCGGCGCGGUAGGGGAGGAGCCAGCUGGGCCUCGGGGGGCCUCUGCUACAGGCGACGGAGGGGACAGCAACAGCAGCAGCCGCCAGGCGGAGACAGCGGCCGAGCAGCAGCAGCAGCAGCGGGACGCCUCCGCCACUACUUCCACUGCGGCUGCUGCCACCCCGGCAGCUGCAGCAGCAGCCCCCUCCUCGUCAGGCGAUGCUGCAGCAGCAGCAGCUGACGCUGACAACAACAGCGACAGCAGCACAGGCGCCGGCGGUGCCGAGCAGCAGCCGGCAGGUGCGGGUCCGGGUCCCCCGACCGGUCCCACCACACCCGCCGCCGCCACCCCGCCUGCGGGCGGCCUGAGCCCCGUUGCCGCGCACCCCGACGCGCCCACCUUCCACUCCCAGGAGCAGCACCCGCAGUCCAUGUCGGCGUGUGCGGCGGUGGCGCUGCGGAACCUGUGCCACCAGGUGGCCAACCACCCGGGGCUGCUGGCUGCGGGCGCCGCGCUGGAGCUGGCUGCGGUGAUGCAACGCGAGGCCGACCCCUACCAGCGCAUCAACGCCACCAUGGCGGUGGCGCUGCUGGUGGGGCACGAGGAGCAGCACCCUCUGCUGCGCAUGGACGAGGAGGGCAUCCGGGAGAUGCUGACGGUGCUGACGUGCGCGCGGGCGAGGGUGAUGUGCCACGGGUUCUACUGGACGGUGUGGAAGGUGUGCCAGGCGCUGGCCCGGCUGAGCGCUAACGAGGACAACAAGCAGCUGCUGACGCGCGAGGGCGGCAUCGAGGUGCUGGCGGAGGUGCUGAUGUGCGAGGAGCACCGGCGCAAGGCCAUCACAGUCAAGUACUGCGUGGAGGCGCUGUGGAACAUGGCCUUCUACGAGCCGGCGCGACAGAAGAUCCUGGCCAACGCAGCCCUGAUGGACGCCAUCCGCCACGCGCGGCAGUCGGGUCUGGACCUGGUCCGAGAGGUGGCGCGCGGCUGCCUUUUCACACUGGGGGCGAAGGAGUCGGCGGACGGCAGACCGCCGACCCACAACCACCCCCACCACCCCCACCACCACCACCAUGCAGAUCAACACCACCACCAACAGCAGCAGCCCCAUGCAGCACCAGCAUCACCCUCCGCGUUCGCAGCCGCAGCCCAAAUCCCCGACGGCCCCAGGCCACAUGGAGACCCGCACCAGCAGCAGCACCCACAGCACCCGAACCCGCACCACCACCGCAGCGGCAGCAGCUACCAGCACCCGCAGCAGCAGCGGCUGCCUCGACACCACGAGGAGGAGGAGGAGGAGGACGGCGCGCACCACCAGCACUACCCGCCGCUGCGGCUGCACACCUCGGACCCCAGCUGGGAGGCGGGAGGGGCCACAGGCCAUGGCCACAGUCACCGGCGCGGCAGCUCCACGCAUGCGCCCAUGGCUUCCGAGGACGGCAGCUGCGGGGGGGAUGUGUUGCUGCGUAGUGUCAGCAGCUACGGGGCGCAACACCCAGCUGGUGGGGGUGUAGGUGGUGGGGGUGGGGGUGCUGCUGCUGCUGGCCCCUACGGCGGGCAUUACGGCGGCCACAGCAACCACAACCACCAGGAUGUGGAGACCAUGUCCACAACCUCCUCUCGCUCGCACAUACGGCGCUCGUGCACCUCUGCCCUGGUGGAGAGGUGGGAGGGGCAGGGGCACCCGCAGUCGGGUGCAGUGGCGUGGCCGGGGCAGCCCUCCUCGCCCUCCUCGCACCGCGGGGGGCCCCACGACGGCGGCUGGGUGCAUGGCAGCGCCGGGCAGGGCCACGGGGGACACGGGGGACAGGAGCAUGGGCAUGGUCGUGCCGCGUCGGUGAAGGGCUUCGACAGCAUGUCAGUCGGAGGCCGCCGGCGGGAGAGCGCCGCGCAUAGCCAGCAUGGGGGUGCGGGUAACGACUUUUCCGACACGGCCAGCCGCAGCGGCGCCUCUCACGGUCACCACCACGGUCACCACCCCGGCGGCCACCACCACAGCCGCAGCUCCAGCCAUGCAGAGUACGGCGGUGAGGGGUCGGUAGCAGCAGCAUCAGCAGCAGGAGGAGGUGGCGGUCACUCUUGGGGCUCGGCGUCUGUUGCGGGUGCGGGCUCCACGGCAGGUGGCGGCGGUGGUGAGAGCGGCGGCCACAUCAUGAUCAGCUACGAGUGGGGCAGCCAGCAGAAGGCGCUGAUGAUCAAGGAGGCGUUGGAGCGGCGGGGGCUGCUGACGUGGAUGGAUGUGGAGAAGGUGCCAGGCUCCACGCUGGAAGCCAUGGCACUGGCAGUGGAGGGCGCCGUGGCGGUGCUGCUGUGCGUCAGCAAGCGCUACAAGGAGAGCCAGGCCUGCCGCGCGGAGGCAGAGUACGCCUACCAGCAGCGCAAACGCAUCGUACCCAUCAUGAUGGAGCGAGGCUACCGACCCACCGGCUGGCUGGGCAUCCUCAUAGGAACCAAGCUGUAUUUUGACUGCUCGGAUCGACGACUGAUCGGCGAGCGUGUGGCGGCGUUGGAGCGGGAGUUGGGCCCCCUAGCGCGGCUGUGCAGGCGCCCCGGCACCGCGGCGUCGGCGUCGUCAGGCGGCCGCAGCCGGCCGGCGUCAGCGCUUGCGAUGAUGCCCUCGGUGCCGUCAUACAGCUCGCUGCACAGCCAGAGCUUCAACGGCCACAAUCACGGCCACGGCCAGCAUCACAGCAGCAGCGGGCAGCAGCACCACCACAACCACCACCCGGCCUUCAUGCACUCACAGUCGCACAACAACCUCAACAUCAGCCAGCAUCAUGGGCAUGCAAACGGGCAGCACCAGCACCCGUUUCACCACCAGCACAGCCAGCACACCAUGUCAGGCAUGCGCACGCCGCCGCCGGCGCCGCGGCCCGCGUCCGCCGCGCCGCUGCUGACGGGGCGAAGGAGCCUGCCGGAGUUCCCCCUGCCAGAAGACUCACCGCCGGGCCAGCUAACGGGGCCUGCUGGUGUGGCUGGCAGCACCUCCGCCGCUACCACCCCCACCACCGCAGCAGCACCGGAGUUGGGCGCCCAUGCGGGGACGGAUCCGGGGAUGCUGCCGCCAGGAUGCUUGGCAGUGGACGGCGGUGCCGCAAGUCGCGGUUUUCACCGCAGCAGCACACAUGGACCGGGGAGCAGUGCUGGGUUGUUUGGGGAUGGCGGCGACAGCACGGGGCCGGCGAUGGAAGGCUUCCAGACACGUGGAGGAGCAGCGUCGUCACCACCUGCCAACGGGCUGUGCUUGGGGCAUGCGCAUGCGAGCCACCACCACCCGCAUGCCUCGUCUGCGGUGCAGGGGGAGCCCCUCAGCCCGACAUCCUUGCCGCAUGGGGAGGAUCUGGGCAGCGAGGGCUCGGGUACGGCCCUCAGCGGUGCAGGGCCGGAUGAGUCGCCGCCGCUGAUGGGCCGCCCGCCGCGGCCGCCACCACAGCAGCAGCAGCACCCACAUGCCCACCAUCACUCCGAGCACAUGCAGGGCUCGGCUGGGGCUGCCGGUGCUCAUACGCAGCAACAACAGCAGCAUCAUCACACCCGGCCAGCAUCGGCCCCACCUGCGCCCCCGAAGCUCAAACAGGCUUCCUCGGCCUCUUCCCUGGAGUCCCUGCAAGCGGCGGCAGGCCCGGAGGUUGCCCUGGACGACGACUCGGCUCCCUCCUCCCGGCCCAACACGCCUUCCCUGGAGGAGCCCGAGCAGUCCGAGCACUCCUUCACACAUGCGCUGCGACAAGGCAUGCAUGCAGUCCAUGCAUCCUCCACCCGCACAGAUGCCCAGCCGCACGCUGCUGCACACAGCGCCCACCACCCCGCCCACCACCUUCACCAUCAUCACCAUGGUCAUCACCACCAUGCAGCGGAGGCCGCGCCGCCGCCUGCCACUGCUGCGGAGCAUGCCCGCGCUGUAGCACUGCCAGGCAGCGGCUCAGAUGCUCCGGAACAGCGCCAGCCUGCGUCAGGGCUUCACACGCAGCACCAGCAGCACCAGCACCAGCACCCGCCACACAGCUCCCCUGAGCAGGUGGAACCUCACCCUCAAACACCGGCUGCCGCCGAGGAGGAGGUCCUGCUGCCCAUGCCCACCAUGCUGCUAGCACCGACACCCCUCCGGCAGGCGCCCCCACCACCGCUCCCUCAGCACCCUCAGCACCCGCACCUUCAGCGCCACCCAGCAGCAUCUGAUCGCUCAACGGAGGACGCCAACCCCCUGCCCAGCACCUUGGAACGCGCCCAAAGUCUCCCGCCCGCUGCCUUAUCCCGGCCCGACAGCGCCAUUCUCUCCCCGCGUGGCUUGCAGCUCGUUCCGCACCUCCGACGUGAGAACACCUCACUAUCCCUCGCCCAGGCUAGUGAAUACACGGCCAGCGUGUUUUAUGGCGCAGCAGGAGCGCCUAGUGAGAUGGAUUCCGGGACGUUGAACGGCACGGACGACGGCGGCGCGCAGCUCUCACCCAUGCUCAUGUCCCGGGUUAACAGCAUCACACCGCAUCAGCCGCAGCCCAUGUUCUCUCUGUCGUUGUCGCACAUGGCAAGCUCAACCACCCGACAGGGCGAGAGCUUCGAGCACUCCAUUAGCGUGAGCGGCGUGGUGACGGAGGUCGCUGACGAGACCACGGCGCGAGAGGCGGGAGAUGGCAAGAAGGGCGGCCACGCGAACGCACACGACGUGGUUUCUACUGUUGCAGAUCUGCUGCCCUCGCCGCCAGCGCUGCAAUCCUGCGAUUCUUCAACGGAGGAGGUUUCGGACACGGCGCAACCCGUGCGUGUGCGCUGCCUGCGACGUGAAGGCGAGGAUGCAGCCGCUGGGGAUGAUACCGGCGGCGGCGGCCGCAGCAUGGAGCAUAGCGAGGUGCAUGCAGGCAGCAGCAGCAGUGGCAGUGUGGACGGGCGUGGCUGCUCCUCCUCCGCUGCGCCGGGCGGCCCGGGCAGCAGCGAGGACUUGCUGGGGCUGGCCUGGGGCGGAGGCGCAGCGGAGCAAUUCAUGCAGGCGCUCGAGCACGGGGGCGAGCAGGGCUCGGGGCUCACACGCGGACGGACGUUUGGCAGUUUCGGGGACAAGGAAGCGAGAGGGGAGCUGAAGGGCUCGGGGGUGCGUAAGGAGCUUGGUGCUGGAGCGCAUGGGGGAAACCAGGGGGAGCAGGGCGUGCCGGAACCGGGAACCCCGCGCAGGGGAGCCGGCGGUGAAGCCGCCCCUGCAGCGGCAAAGGCUUCGGGGGCUGCUGCUGCUCCUGGCAGCAGCGCUGCGGCAGCGGUACUGGGUGCAGCGGGGCUGUCCGCCGCCAGGGGCUCGGUAGACCUGGGCAUCGUGAUGACGCGGUCUGAGAAGUCGCAGCCGCAGCCGGCCAGUGUGCGGCGGGAGCCGCCGGCGCUGUCCUCCUCGCUACCGGGGCAUUCAGCGGGGCGGCCGGCCUCCCCACUCAUGUCGCUGCUGCGGCCUGUGACGGCACUGGUGUCUGCGGCGGUGGCGCUGGCGCCGGGAGGCGGCAGCGGCCGGAAUUCGCGGUCAAGCGCCUCUACGGACCGUAUCGACCCAGUCUCCUCGCACCCCAUACCCAUUGCCCGUGCCUCCAUGCCCGUGAGCCCGGACGAUGCCAGCGGCGGCUGUGAGUUCGUAGAGGGCUUCGGCAGUCCCCUGGUCAGCGGCUGCGUGGCGCAUGCUGCCACCACAUUAGGGCUGCUGACGGCCCCGGCGCCGCCGCCACCGCCGGCAAUGCCAGCCGCACCGUCACCGCCGUCGCAGCCACCCAGUGCCGCUGCAACCACCGCAGCGGCGACGGAGCUAGCCUCCUCGCUCUCCACAUCCUCUGCGACCACCGCAGCAUUGGCUGCCGUACGGUGGAAGGCCAUCAACUGGGCGACGCGACGCGCCGCCACCAGCGGUACGGCAACCGAGGCAGGCCGCAACAGCAGCGGCGGCGGCAGCUGUUGCCCGACUGGGGAGGAUGCUGUUGGGGCUGCUGUGGCGACGGGUGGUGGGGCGGCUGUGGCGGUGGUUGCACCGACCGGGGUAGACGGUGACGCGGAUGACCUGGUGGGGGAGCGCCUAGCGAUGAUGUUGGACGGGAGCUGCUGCCUUAGCCGCGGGGGACGGAGGUCCGUGGAGGGGAUGGGGCUCGCCAUUGAGGCGGAGGACAGCAGGAGCAGCUUGGGUACGGCGGCGAUGCCGCGCGGGCGGAAGGGAGGCUCAGUGCUGGCUGGCCGCAGCGCGAGGAGCACCACGGGCGGUAUGACGGCAGAGAAGUACGGCAGUCGGCGGCGAGUGUCCGGUGGUACGGUGGUGGAUCUGGGUCGUACCGAGGGCGGCGUCAGCAGCAAGGGCGAUGCUCCUGCCACGCCGGAAGAAGAUGCUUCCGGCAUGGGCGACGGGGCUGCUAGCGAGGGGGAUGUACGGCUGGACGAGCAGCAGCAACGGUACGGCAGUAUCCCGCCAGGUCAUCUGGGUCGGGACAGCUUGUCAGGGUGCUUGCAGGAGGGACCCUUCAGCAUCGCGGCGGCCGCAGGGGGACCAGGGGGUGCCAAGGGCCGCCGAAUGGAGGAGGAGGGCGAUCCGGAGCAGGAGGGCAGUAUCAGCAGCGGACUGCAGGGGUCGUCGCAGGACGACGUGGACGGACCCAUGGGUCGCGCUGACAGCGGCAGCGAGCAGGAG